CCAGUAACUAAGAGAACCCAGCAAACAUCGUGUCCACACGUUUCGACAUUAAUCAAGAAGGGCUGCAGUUCGUGUCCGCAGUGCUUCGGUUCCUCUAAAUGAAUAAAGAGCAGCUUGGUUUCGAUUCCACCAUCAUCGCAGCCGAAAGCGAGCGGUAUAUUGAGACUGAACGGAACAACAAGAAGGAACGCCUCAUCAUCGACGAGGUCAUGAAACGGGCACCUUGCGUCGCCGGCCGGGCGACAACUUGCUGGAAAGCCCAUCAUGAGGGAGACAAUUCGCGAGUGCCUCUUGUUGCCAAAGUCUCCUAGCAAUUUCCAGAACGCGAAGAGGAGGGCGGAUUGCUGCGCGAGGCGACCGACAAGGUUGUAAUCAAUGUCGCAAGAUACUAUCACCAUGAGGCAGUCCUAGGCC